AAGACCGACCAUUACACAGAGUGCGAACACAACGCAAGGCGCUAGAUAUCUCAACCAUAUUUAUGUCUACACACACAGCAGCUCGCUCUUGAAUCAGUCGUCUAUCCACUUUCGUUUACCCAUAUCUCCAUAAAGAAUGCACAAUAACUGAAAAAAAUGUCAGCAGCCUUUCUGAAUCUGACUGAAGAAGAAACAAGAAGGUGUAAACUCUACCAUCUUGUUGUUGACGGAGGAGGUGCAGUACUGAUGUAUAGGUUCGACAGAGAUAUUCCUACCCCAAGGACAUAUCUCAAUGAUACGACAGUUAAAUUAGAGUUAUAUCAGCUGCAAACAAAAAAUAUUAUAUCGAAGGCGCAAUAUGAAUUGCUUUAUCCAAGUACAGGAGCUGGUGUCACAUCAUCAAAGGAUUACGACAUGACUCUUUUAGUGGCGCUACAUCGUACCCUUCUGUGUGCAAAGAAAGGUGACCCAAUAUGGCACACAGGAAAUAAACCGGCUCCUACGGACUUUUCAGUAGAAGCAGAAAUCGUUCGUUUAAGGGAUUUCAGGAAUGAGCUAAUGCAUUCACCGAAGGUGGGAGGAUUAACCGAAGCUCAGUUUGAAACAAAAUGGAAGGAAGUUUCUGAUGUGUUGUCGCGUUUUGGAUCUGGAAUGCCUGGUCUGCAAGAAAAGCUAGAAAUACUUAAGAAUGACUGUCUAGACAAACGAUUUGAGAAAGAGCUUUUGUUGAAACUGGAGGAAUGGACUGCCAUGGAUAAAGCGUUCGGGGACGAAAUGAUGAAAACGUUGCAAAGUAACAGUCUUAGCGGUAAGAAUUGUGAUUAUCAAAAGAGAACUUGAAUGCUUUUGUAACGC